UUUAUCAAGUGAUUAAAGUGGAGAGAUUUCAUGUAAAAAAAACUAAAAGGAUUUGCAAAAUAAAUAAUAAUAAUGUGUAGUAACGAGAGUCCACCACCAUCGAAAGAACCAUUAUCAGUUGGUCUUGGUGUUGGUAGUCCAAUUGUUGGUUUUUUUCCUGGUUUAGAACACUACAGAUUACAACAAUUAUAUCAUUAUGCAACAAUGGCAGAACGUUUAAGAUUAGCACAACAAUUACAUCCUCAACAUCAAAAUAUUGGUCAUACAACAACAAAUGGAAAUCAUAAUUCACAUAUAAAUUUAUCACCUGGUUUUUCAGCACCAUUACCACUUUAUCCGGCGGCAGCAGCAGCAGCAGCAGCUGCUGGUUAUCCAAGUAGAUUAGCAUUAUCAAUGGCAAUGUUACAUUCACAUCAUCAAAGAAUACCAGAAGAACCAAAACCACAACACAGUUAUAUUGGUCUUAUUGCAAUGGCAAUAUUAUCAUCACCAGAAAGAAAAUUAGUAUUAUCAGAUAUAUAUCAACAUAUAUUAGAAAAUUAUCCAUAUUUUCGUAGUCGUGGUCCUGGCUGGAGAAAUUCAAUAAGACAUAAUUUAUCAUUAAAUGAUUGUUUUGUUAAAUCUGGAAGAAGUGCUAAUGGUAAAGGACAUUAUUGGGCAAUACAUCCAGCAAAUCUUGAAGAUUUUAGACGUGGUGAUUUUAGAAGACGUAAAGCACAAAGAAAAGUUAGAAGACACAUGGGUCUUGCUGUUGAUGAAGAACCAGAUAGUCCAAGUCCACCACCAUUACCAGCAACACCACCACCAUCAUCAACAACUGGUAUUGUUGGUCCAUCAAUUGUUAGUCAAUCAAUAAAUGCAAUAUGGAGUCCACAUCAUCAUCAUCAUCAUCAUCAAUUACAACAACAGCAACAACAACAAAUAUUACCGUCGCAUCAUCAUCAUCAUCAUCACCAUCAAUUGUCACCACAACAACAUAUUAAUAAUCAUCGACAAAUACAAAAUAAUCAAGUAUCAAUGAGAACAAUAUUUCAACCAACAAGAAAACGACAAUUUGAUGUUGCCAGUUUACUUGCACCUGAUGAACAAAGUGAUGAAACAACAAUAAGAACAAUUAAAUUAAAAACAUUUAGUUGUAGUGAUGAUGAUAAUGAUGUUGGACAUGUUGAUAAUGAUAAUGAUAAUGAUGAUGAGGAUGUUGAUGUUGAUGUUGACGUUGAUGUUGAUGGUGAUGCUGUUGCAAAUACAUCAUCAGUUGGUACACCAAGUGCUAGUCCUGAUACUAAAACAUUAUCACCAAAUAAUCAAUGUGAUUGGAAUACAUCACCGACGGCAUUACGUACAACAUCACAAUCAUUGUCGGCAAUUCAUUUACACAAUCAUCUUCAUGUAAGAAAUUAUUACAUUCAAGCAAAUGCCACGUCUGGCUCGAGUAUAUAA